GAUAAUAAGAUAAAAUCACCCACUGUGGUGGAGUUUCAGCUUAAUAUCUAAGAACAUAAAUUUGUUAAAUUUCCAUAAUUGACUUUGUCGUGCGUAAUAAGGUUAUGUUUUUUUGAGUAAGGUUUUGGAAAAUUCUUAUUAUGUACUAGUUAACUAACAAUUCUUUUGCUAGUGAUUUGUGAAAUAAUCUAACGUUUUUGCAAAAUCCGAAUAUAUUUUUUCAUAUAUAUAAUCAACUAGGGAGGGCAAAUACGUAAAUCUCGCAAAACCCAUGACUCGUAUAAAUAAAGAUCAUUUGCUUAAAGCAUGUGUUGACUCAUUUUUCACUUAAAAAAAAAAAACUCUUUUGGCAAAAAAAAAAAAAAGAAGAGAACUCUCAAAACGUUGAAUUUGUUGUAACUCUUCACUUUCUUCUGUCUAUCUUUAAUGGCCUCUGAAGAGAGCAUGAUGAUGAAUUCUUGUUCCAUUAUAGACGAAGAGUAUGAAGAUACAGAUGAUGGGUUUCAUUACCAGACAAGGCAAAACAGUUUGUCUAGGUUAUCUAUCUGCACAAGUUCCUUCAACGAAGACGAUGAUGAUAACUGCACAAAUAAUCCUUCAGAAUUGGGUAAUUUCAUCUCUACGUUGUCUCUCGAUAGCUUCACUGACGACGUCGGAGCCGAAGCCGACGGAGAAAUCUCCGAUGACGGUGACGAAUCGGAUUCCGACAAGGAAUCUUCCGGAUUCUACUCUCUCCCGACGAUCACAUCUCGCCGGAGAAGAAAACUCACAGUUUCCCGCGGUUUAGAAACGAGCAAAGAGAGUGAGACGAAAAUCGAUGGAAGUAAGUGUAGUCAACGGAGGGUAUUAACGGAAAAUAGUAAAAGGGGUAAUCAGCACGGUCACUGGUUUAACGGCGUGGAGAGAGACAGUGACGGCGGAGGAGGAGGAGGAGGAGAGUUGACGGUGUUAACGAAGGUGGGAGGAGGGAAGAAGUCAAUGAAGAUGGGGUUUGAAGAAUUGAAAGCUUGUAGAGAUCUCGGGUUCGAACUAGAAGUUCCGGGUCGGGUUUCAAUAUCCGCCGGAUCAAACCGAGAGACUAGUAGUGGCGGCAACUCUCCCAUUGCCAACUGGCGUAUCUCAAGUCCUGGGGAUGAUCCGAAAGAGGUUAAGGCGAGAUUAAAGAUGUGGGCACAAGCAGUAGCUUUAGCUUCUGCGUCACGUUAAGCUUCUUAUUACUCUCGUCUGCUCUGUUAGGGUUUGUCUUUCAAAAAUUUAGCUUUUUGUUCCUUAGUCUUUUCUUGUAUCGGUAACUCGUUUUAUGAGUUUGGGUUUGUUGUAAAUAUGAAAGCUACACAAUUACUUGUAUAUAAACCAUUCACGUGGAUUGUUUUUGUUUUACCUUUUUUGGUCAUUAGACUAUUUCCUAAUGAUUAGUAUUGUUCUC